GUUUCGUGAGCUUGUAAAAAGUUAGUUUCUGCUGCGCUGAGUUUAUUGUGUAGUCCGUCGCUUGUUAUUGCUGUCCUCUGACCGUGGUAAUGAAACGCUGAGACAUGACUGGUGGCACUCAUCAAACUCGAAAAGUUAAUGGGGCUCAGCACGUCGAGUGUAAACAUGGACGCGUCAAGGCAGAGCCCAGACCUUACAUCGUCAGCAAUUUUAAAGGACAGAGGAAGCUGGUGACGGGGUCGACGUGUGAAGAUCUCUUGUCACUUGGCUGCAAACUUUUUGACGUGCCCAGGACGGACUGCAGACUUGUUCUGGAGGAUGGCACUGAAGUCGACGAUGAGUACCUCGCUACUUGCGGUGAUUACACGGUACUGGUCAUCCUGAGAGCACCUGAACAGAUAAAGUACACUCAAGUGAAAGCACAACAGAUGAUUGCCAACCUUGGGAAGUUGCUCGCAUCUGACCCACAGCAACUCAACAAAAUAUUCAAGCCUGUGAAAGAUGAACUUGUCAGCAAGAUGCUCGGGCAUAUUCAAUCGCUCGAAGCUCCCCAGGAUCUGCUGUUGGCUGACAGCAGGGAAGAGGAUCCGAAGUGGUUUGAAGGAGAGAAGCGGGCAGUAUCGAAAAGGUCUGUCCUUAGAGAGAGGGCCAAGACACGAAUGAAGGGCUACUACUAUAAGUCCAAAGAUGAGAUGCAGAAGCGACUUGGCGAAAAUGACAGGGGCUGCGUGCGCCACCUGUUUGAGGAGUUUCUGCGGCUACUCAAGCAAAAUGACCACAACGGCCACUACUUUGUACGUGGCGACACGGGUGCACUUUGCCUGAGUGAUGGCCAGUUUAACUGCCAGGGGACGUUCAGUAAGGACCUGUGCUCUGGGCGGCUUCACAUGAUCAACCCAUAUGCCAGCAGAGAGCAGCUGGUCAUCUUCAGCACAUGGAAUUUGGAUCACAGAAUCGAGAGGUCCAGAUCGAUCCUGCCAACCAUGUCCAAAGCCAUUCAACUUGCUGAUGGGAGAGCAAUCAAUGUGGAGUAUUUCUACCGGCUCCUGUUCACAACUGAAAACUUGAAACUGGUCCAUCCUGUUUGCCACAUUAAGUCGGAGCACAAUGGCUACUGCUGUGACCCCAGAAGCUGGUACACUGGUAAUGUGACACAAAAUGAUGGGCGUGGUGAUGAAUCUAUAAAGAGGGCGCAAAAAAAUGGACAAAGUAUUGAGUAAUAGGCGACAAGAAAGUUGGAUUCAUUUUGCAGAUGAGCUGGACUGUCAGGAAAUCCGUGCCAGCUUGUGGAAGAUGUCUCCUGUCGUGGUGGUGGUUAAGUGGGUAUGGCGUUAUGCUGGUACGUAUGAAGUCACAAGUUUGAUGCCUAGCCGCGAAGGCCAUAUUUUGAAGCAGACUGAAUGCAAGAACACUUAUGUACUUAUGUGCGAACCCAGGUAGUAGCCAAAAUUAAUCUUAAGCCUUCCAAUAUACAGUGUCUCAUAGCAUGUAUGUUGCUUUGGCAUGCUAAACCCCCUCAACCAAUCGAGACAAGACGUUACGACAAGGGGCCAAGCCAGGUCUCACUUAGCAUUGAGGCCAUGCAGGCAAACGGACCACAUUGAAGCACAUUAAUCUUAGUGGCCACCAUUUGUGAGCUCAGCAAAUUAAUAUUAGACUUUGUACAUAUGGAUCUAGCCUUCUUUCCUAAAUGAUGACAGUGUAGUAUAACUUUUUGUAGUGCCAAUUCAUUCUAGCUUACAUAUGUCCAUCCCAUUAUAUUUAGGCAGAGUCAGUUACACCGUUUUAAUCUGUGGUCUUUGCAUCAAGCAGGACUAGAGUUUCUGACCAAAAAUUUGUAACAGUUUCAUGUUUCUCUGGGUUAAAAACGAAACACAGCUAAAUCCAUCGUGAAGACAAUGGCAUUCGAUGCUGGAACAUCCUUAAACAAUGUUAAGCAAUCUAGUGGCUCCUUUCUUGCAGGUAGUAUAACAACUGAAUGAACCAGAAUACCAGUUGAAUGUUUCAGAAUGACCUUAAACCUACUCAAGACAUGUGACAUAAUGGGUAGCUCCACACAGUGACCCUGGUGUGAGGAGAGAGAAGGCAUGGUAAUUAUUGCAAUUUUAAGUGCAUUUGCUGAAGUACUAUAAAGCAAAGGUUAGGAUUAUAUCCAAGUUUUUCAUUGCAGCCUUGAAAAACACUUAGUUUUCAAGGACUGUGCUUUGUGCUGACGACUGUUUCGGCUUGUUUAUAGCACGAAGAUUUCAGUAUUGUUUCCUAGCUAAAACAGCCUCAUUACAGUAUGGGCAGCAUGAAGAGACGCCUAGGUAACUGCGAUCUGCAAUACUCGCAAUAUGUAAAAGUUCAAGGUGGUAAAAAUGAAUCUUGCAUCCCCACUAUAGAAUCUCUCUAAGCUCAGAUAUGGUUAUGAGAUAUGAAAGCCUUCAAUUAUAACUGUGUAGUUGACCAAAAAUAUAACCCCUGUCUUGUCCUUUUGUUGAAACUGUAUGUACAACAGCAUUUUCUAUGCCAUAUAUCAGUGGAAUUUAUGGAACUCACUUCAAGGUUGCCUUGCGUUUGGACCACUUAGCGUCAAUACAAGUCAAGGAUGCUGCAGGCAUAUUAAAAGAAAAACAAAAAGAUUACAUGUUCAGUGUUGAGGUAGCAGGACUUUAAGAAUAAGGGAUAGUAAAAUUUCUGCAUUUGAAAACAAGCAUGGCUGUGACGAUGAGAUCUCAGACACCCAAGCACGUUUGAAAAAAAGUAGUGCUGCAAGUGCCAUUUAUGAACUUUUCAGUUCCUUCCGUAACUGUGAUCGUACUGUUGUGAAGUGAUUUGAGAAAGACGCUUGUGCAUGAAAAAGUGACAAGCUUUUAAAGUUGUGACAGGCAUCGAACUUGAACCUUUUUGUUUACAAUCCUCUGUGCCUUUUUGUGCACCUCUACAUGUAAAUAGUUUCUACAUACACUUCUGCGAGAGACGUUCUUCCCUUGGCAGUACUUUGGCUCUGGGCCACGUGGAUUUUACGUGUCUAAUUCUUGACGUGGCGCUUUGCCAGUGCCAACAUAGAGACUUGGUCCCAUGAGAGCCAGCAUGAUGUCUUACUUUAUGAGGCAUUGGCAAGCAUUGCAUAUCUUGCCGAUGCAGUUAAUUGACGCAGUGAAUUGCAUCAAGUUUUUUACAUGAUCGUGUGGGCCCAGAAUCAGCUGUAUUGCUGAUUGCAACGGACUGCUUUGCAACAAUAUUUUGUAAGACUUUAUGAAAUAAACUUUUCUGAUGUUAAAAUAAUAA